UUAAGGUACGUAAAAAGAUGCCACGCGUUCUCGGCCUCCUUAAGGUGGCGCUCUCAGGGAGUUAAUUAGUGCCUGUAAAACGCCGCUUGUGAGCUCAUCCGAGAGGCCCUGCUCUGCACACAUAUUAUUGAUGGCAGAUCUGAGACGUGCGCGGUGUUGGACAUUUUCUUCUUUUUAAGUAAGGGGACUUCAAAAAGUCGUGGGCACUCCCCCCCUCCCCCCCGCCCCAGGCAAAGUACUGUGGGCUGGCACCAGGGCGCAGGCGGGAGGCGAACGCGCCCACCGCGCGUGUCCAGGCGCAGGUGCCGGGGGCGGCGGCGGUCCCUCCGCAGCGUCCGCUCGGGAGGAGAGUUCGCGGCUGAUCUCGGGAUGCCUUGCAGAUGCAAAAUGUGUCUCUGGCCAGCAGGAGGAAGGAAGAGGAAGUGAGAGCAGCGGCGGCCGGCGGAGCAGCAGCCUGCGGACCCGGAGUGGAUAGACACGUGCAGCUGUCCACAUUGCAGGACCUCAGUCCCACCGUCUCUGGAUAUUCUCAGGGUUGACAAUGCCGCCGCCCGCGGACAUCGUCAAGGUGGCCAUAGAAUGGCCAGGCGCCUACCCCAAACUCAUGGAAAUCGACCAGAAAAAGCCACUGUCUGCAAUAAUAAAGGAAGUCUGUGAUGGGUGGUCCCUUGCCAAUCAUGAAUACUAUGCAUUGCAGCAAGCCGAUAAUUCAAACCUCUACAUCACGGAAAAGAAUCGCAGUGAAAUAAAAAAUGGCACUAUCCUUCGAUUAACCAUAUCUCCAGCUCAGAAUGCCCAGCAGCUCCAUGAACGAAUCCAGUCGUCGAGUAUGGAUGCCAAGCUGGAAGCGCUGAAGAACUUGGCCAACCUCUCCCGGGACAUCACGUUCGCCCAGGAGUUUAUAAAUCUGGACGGCAUCUCCCUCCUCACCCAGAUGGUGGAAAGCGGCACCGACCGAUACCAGAAAUUGCAGAAGAUCAUGAAGCCUUGCUUUGGAGACAUGCUGUCUUGCACCCUGACUGCCUUCGUUGAGCUGAUGGACCACGGAAUAGUGUCCUGGGAUACGUUUUCAGUGGCAUUCAUCAAGAAGAUCGCAAGUUUUGUGAACAAGUCAGCCAUAGACACCUUAAUCCUGCAGCGGUCCUUGGCCAUUUUGGAGUCCAUGGUGCUGAAUAGCCAUGACCUCUAUCAGAAGGUGGCACAGGAGAUCACCAUCGGCCAACUUAUUCCACAUCUUCAAGGGACAGAUCAAGAAAUCCAGACCUAUACCAUUGCAGUGAUUAAUGCACUUUUCUUGAAGGCCCCUGAUGAGAGGAGGCAGGAGAUGGCGAAUAUUUUGGCUCAGAAGCAACUGCGUUCCAUCAUUUUAACACAUGUCAUCCGGGCUCAGCGGGCCAUCAACAAUGAAAUGGCACAUCAGCUGUAUGUGCUCCAGGUGCUCACCUUCAACCUCCUGGAAGACAGGAUGAUGACCAAGAUGGACCCCCAGGACCAGGCUCAGAGGGACAUCAUAUUUGAACUUCGAAGAAUUGCUUUUGAUGCGGAGUCUGAACCAAAUACCAGCAGUGGCAGCAUGGAGAAACGCAAGUCCAUGUACACCCGGGAUUAUAAGAAACUUGGCUUCAUUAAUCACGUCAAUCCCGCCAUGGACUUCACGCAGACCCCUCCCGGGAUGCUGGCCCUGGACAACAUGCUGUACUUUGCCAAGCACCACCAGGACGCCUACAUCCGGGUCGUGCUUGAGAAUAGUAGCCGAGAAGAUAAGCACGAAUGUCCCUUUGGCCGCAGUAGCAUAGAGCUGACCAAGAUGCUGUGUGAGAUCUUGAAAGUGGGCGAGCUGCCUAGUGAGACCUGCAAUGACUUCCACCCGCUGUUCUUCACCCACGACAGGUCCUUCGAGGAGUUCUUCUGCAUCUGUACCCAGCUCCUGAACAAGACCUGGAAGGAGAUGAGGGCAACCUCUGAAGACUUCAACAAGGUAAUGCAGGUGGUGAAGGAGCAGGUUAUGAGAGCUCUUACAACCAAGCCUAGCUCCCUGGACCAGUUCAAGAGCAAACUACAGAACCUGAGCUACACCGAGAUAUUGAAAAUCCGCCAGUCUGAGAGGAUGAACCAGGAGGAUUUCAAGUCUCGCCCGAUUUUAGAACUAAAGGAGAAGAUUCAGCCAGAAAUCUUAGAGCUGAUCAAACAGCAACGUCUGAACCGCCUCGUGGAAGGGACCUGCUUUAGGAAACUCAACAGCCGGCGGAGGCAAGACAAGUUUUGGUAUUGUCGGCUUUCACCGAACCACAAGGUCCUGCAUUACGGAGACUUGGAAGAGAGUCCUCAGGGAGAAGUGCCCCAUGACUCCCUGCAGGACAAACUGCCGGUGGCAGAUAUCAAAGCUGUGGUGACGGGAAAGGACUGCCCUCAUAUGAAGGAGAAAGGUGCCCUUAAACAAAACAAGGAGGUGCUUGAACUUGCUUUCUCCAUCCUGUAUGACUCAAACUGCCAACUGAACUUCAUCGCUCCUGACAAGCAUGAGUACUGUAUCUGGACAGACGGGCUGAACGCGCUGCUGGGGAAGGACAUGCUGAGCGACCUGACGCGCAACGAUCUGGACACCCUGCUCAGCAUGGAGAUCAAGCUCCGCCUCCUGGACCUCGAAAACAUUCAGAUCCCAGACGCCCCCCCGCCCAUCCCCAAGGAGCCCAGCAACUAUGACUUCGUUUAUGACUGUAACUGAGGCGGCCGGCCCAGCAGCAACCCCUCCCAAACUGGAAAGCCCAGCUAACAGGAGAGAAGAACGAAAGCACGUCCACGCCUUGGAAUCCUCUCGUGGUAAAGAGAAGCUGGGGUCAGCGCUUCCUUGGGCCCCGCCUCUAGCCCCGGCAUUUUUCUGCCCUUACCUGGCCUCUUGCUCACCGCCCUGAGCUCAGCACCUCUGUUUCUAGACGCCAUUGCUUUAGGUCACUUCCCACUGCUGCACUCCACUCGUGGGAAAAGCGCAAAACCCAACACCAAUAAGACGGCCAAAUGGCCCUUCCACCCUCACCCCCAGCAGGCACGUCCUCCCUUCCUGGAGGACCAAAUGCCGGCAGCAUCGGACUGCUCCCCAACCUACCCACCAGAUCAAGAGAAGCGUCCCCAGGCUUGUGUCUGGCAGAAACAGCCUAGCUACUUGAGAGGACCAGACGCCACCUCCAACCUCCCCUUCUCGCUAGAGUCAGCUCCGUGUGAAUUGAAAUCUGCUUUCACAGCCUCCCCUUCCUCCUUCACGGUCUUCACCUUACCCUGUUCCUUUCUGGUCCCAAGAGCAGCAGCAGCAGCCUGAUCCUAGUUCUCGCCAGCGUUGGGUUUCCCAGACACAGCCCACCGCACAUCUGCACUGUGACCACGACCCCCCUUCCUCCCGCACCAGCUAGUCUUGGGUUUUGUCCCCCUGCCUCAGCACAGGCCCAUCUUCAUUUCCACGUUCCUCCCAGCCCCUUAGCUGAAAGCACAAGUGGUGAGAUCAGUCAUCAUGCUCCAUCUCGAAUAUUCAAAACCUAAAUGCCUCUACCAUAGGCGGUCGCUGUCUAAGGGUGUGUUAUUACCCUCUCCUGGGAGAGGGGGGCUUCUCUGCAACGCGGGUUCCACAAGAUGGUCAAGGUGUCAGACAUCCAAGUUUACAUCGUUGUAAUUAUUAUAGGUAUUGACAACUUGCAAGGGUUUGGGGUUGUUUUGUUUUGUUUUGUUUUGCUUUGUUUUUGUACAAAAGAGUCUAACAUUUUUGCCGAACAGAUAUAUAUUUAAUGAAAAGAAGAGAUACAUAAAUGUGUGUACUUUCCAGUUUUUGUUUUGGUUUUAAUUAUUUUAAUCCUAAACAUCUUCCUGAGAAUAACAUCCCCUUACACAUGCUGUGGAAUAAAAUUAAUUGUGGCGAGUUGGGGA